GGCCGGCAGCUGACUCCAACCAAAUGACAUAAUUUGUAAUUGUUUACAAACGAAAACCCAAAAUACGUGUCGUAAAACAUUUAACGUUAUUUUAAAUAAAGUUAACUAAAGUUAUGAAAAGUAUUCAAAUCAAAUGUGACUAACAUGUAUAUAAAAUAAAGACUCUUUUUGUAACUCACCCCAACUCCUUUUAAACUAGACAACAACACAAAAAAAGAAGAGAAACCUAAACCUCACAACUAAGACUUUAAGAAUCAACAAGACUAUAUAGCAAAAUGUCGAAAGUACCAUUUCCACAAAUGAAAAAAAAGGAACCAGAAAUUCCUGAAUUUAAUUCCGUGGUCACACAAUUGAAACAAGCCUCUGCCGGGGCAGCCUCAGGUUUUAUAACGCGAUUCAUAACGCAACCAUUCGAUGUACUGAAGAUACGUUUCCAAUUGCAAGUGGAACCGGUGCGCAAGCACAUGCCCUUGCUAACGAAUGGCGCCCAUAAAUUGCCCCCCACCUCCAAGUAUACGUCAAUGAUGCAAGCCUCUCGUUUGAUCUACAAAGAAGAGGGUCUGUUGGCAUUUUGGAAGGGUCACAAUGCUGGUCAACUGUUGACCAUCACCUAUACGGUAUUUCAGUUUUGGUCGUACGAACAAAUCGAUUUGAAGCUGCGUCACUAUGAAAAUUUGCGCGAGCGCAAGCACUUGAGGCAAUUUCUAAGUGGCGGUCUGGCUGGCUGUGUGGGCACCACCAUCUCCAUGCCAUUCGAUGUUAUAAGGACGCGCGUUAUCGGCCAGGAUCCUCAUCUAAGGGAUACAAGUAUUACAAAACUGGUGCCCUCCAUUAUUGAGAAAGAAGGCUUCUAUGGCAUUUUCCGUGGUCUGGGCACCACUCUCAUACAAAUCGGUCCCCUUAUCGGUUUCAACUUUAUGUUCUAUCAUCAACUAAACGAUGUUUACAAGAAUAUUGUCAGUCCUGAUCAUCAUCAUCCACCUGUAGUGUGGGGUCUUGUCAAUGGCUGCAUGGCUGGUGUUAUUUCCAAGGUGGUCGUUUAUCCCUUAGAUUUUAUUAAGAAACGUUUGCAACUGCAGGGCUUCCAGGAGUCGCGCAAAACCUUUGGACGCAAUCAGAAAUGUGCGAACAUUAAGGAGUGUGUUCGAGUAACGCUGAAGGAGGAAGGCAUAAUGGGCUUCUAUAAGGGCAUGUAUCCGACAUUGUUUAAGAGUGGCUUGACGACUGCUUUAUACUUUAGUUUCUACGAUAUAUUUAAGGAGCUGUGGGUACCGGAAGCCAACGUAGAUGACUAAGGCCUGACCAGUAUAGACUAUAAGAUGAAUUUCCUUGAUUAAUGAAAAACUUAAUAAAAAGUAAUGUCGAAUGAUGCUCAAGAAAAUAAAAUAUUUAAAAAUUUGAUUAAGAAAUAAAAUAAAAUAAAUUAUAUAAAAAAUAUAAAUAGAAA